UCGUUGGCUUAAGUAGGAAGCUCGCGCUGCCAGCAGCGGAAGGGUCGUAAGUCAAAGCUGGUGAGUUGAUGCUGAGUGCUGCCUGCUGAUCGCUAUGCGACACAACAACAACAACGGCAACAAACAGCAAGCAAGCGGUUCUGGCACUCAACGCGCAACGCGACACGCCACUCCAAGAGCCACUCAGCUCCACUACACUCGGCUACUGCACUCAUGUCGACAAGAACAGCAACAAAAACAACAAAACAAGGCUACUUACAAGUCAAAAUACAUUUACACGUGUGUAUGUGUGUGUAUGGCUGGCGCACAAAGGCAAGGCACAAGCGCGCAUUUGUUGUGAGUAAAGCCGAAAGAAUUCAAUAAAAAGGCAAACGAGUCAAUAAAAAAGAACCUGAAAAACGAAAACGAAACCGAAAGACAAAGCAAAACAUGAAGGGGCAAAAAACAUAAACAAACCAAAAGUCAAACAAACAGACACACACACACACACAUGAAUGUGAACGGUGAGUGUGGCUGGCUGAUCAGCGAAGCGCGGCAACAAGUAGCUGCACUCGCAGCAGCGCUGCCACAGUCCACUGCGCAGCUAACGUCGUACAGCGACCGCGUGUGUUGUCAAACACCGACUGGAGCUGCUUGCGGAGUACGAAAGAACCGGCACAAAGGAAAUACUGGAAACGCCAGUAACAACAACAAGCAGCAGCAACGUGACUCAACGUCGCUUCGACUGAGAACUGUAGCAACAUGCGCAAGUAUGUUGAGUUUAUUUAUGGCGGCACAAAUACUCACACACGCACACUCACGUUCUUCUUGUAAUGUGUAUGCAUGCGUCGCUGCAAGCGUGCCCCAGCCGAGGCGCUGCCGCUUGGCCGAUACGCGUACGUUACCGUUGAGUUCAGUCAGUCAAACAGUCGGACAGUUUUCAUUCGCUUUCAGUGGCGUUCGGUUCGCUUCAGUCGCAAUUACUCCGAGGCCUAGACCGUCGGUCGCAUUGUGCUUUUUUUUUGUUAUCGUUGUUGUAGACGCGUGUGGCGUCAAUUGUAUUGCCGUGCAAUAAAUAACGAACUUGAAAAUAUGUACGUAUGUCAUAAGCUGACUCCAGCGUGAUAAUAUAAGGACUGCGAGCAAAAGUAUUUCAUUAAAACCAGUAGCCUCAGAACAUAUAAUUAAAUUGUGCCACAAAUUAUAGAGAAAAAAUUCAGCGCGCGAAAAUAGAACUGCAAGGGAAGUUAAAACUCAAACAAGUGCAAAAUUCUAUUAAAACAAAACAACAACAAAAGACUUGAAGUGGAACAGUGCAAAGCAAAGCCGAGCAAAAAGUGCGGAGCGACAUAAUCGCCUGCACCACAGAGUGUGCGCACAGCACAAUAAUUAGAGAGCGGGCACAGCCUGCGGCUCCUGUGAGCUCAUUAAAAAUUAAACAAAGCCGCGGCACGAGAAAAAUAAAAACCGUUGAGUGAAAAAUAGCAAAUAGCAAAGCGUUCGGCGUAAAAAAUAAAUAAAAUUGAAGUGCGACAGCAGUUUAGGCCAAAGGCAAGCAACAACACACACACACACAACAAUACUAUGCGCCUGUUAAGAGUGCCACAAACGGCAGACAAUACGGCUGGGGCCGAAGCGCAGCUGGCGCGUGACAUCAUUAUGGCGGGUCCAGCGGAACAGCAAGAGCCGCAGACACAACAGCACCCGUACCACAACAUCAGCGCCAUGCAUAUCGUGGAUGUGCAACAACUGAAAAUGGCCAAAAGCAUUGCGGCCAACAACAAAAGCGGCACAACAACAACAACGGCGAGCAACAGCAGUCGUCGACGCAAACAGAAUAAAACAAAACACGCGCAACAUUUGCAAAACGCCACUGCCAUUGUUGGGCAGGACAACAAUUACAACCACAACACUAAUGAGCAGCAUGAAGACAACAACACUACCACCGGCUUGUUUGCAAAAUCAAGGUCGCUCGAACGUUAUACCAAGCCGCCGCAUGCCACAUUGCUCGCGCUGGAACAAAAUGCAGCGCUCACACCAAAUCUGAAUGUUUCACCACGCCGCCGUUUUCUCUCACCAUUCAAAUCGCUGAAGCGUCGCAGUCGUAGUAGCAGCAGUAGCGGUGGCGGCAGCAGCCGUUGCGACUCGCGCGACGUCGCGGUAGCCGCUAUGCUGGCGCUACAGCGCGAGCCAACGCAAGAGGUGCGCGUCGAGCAAUUCACCACAGCGCAGAGCAUGUUGCAGCAACAUGUGUCUAAGCGCGCGCAACACUUGCACUCGGCGAGUUCGCAGAGUGGCGACAGCGGCACGGGCGGCACGGAACUCGAAAUGGAGUUGCAAGACUGCAGUCGCGCCUCUGCGGCGGCGAGCAGUCAGCUGAGUCUAAGCUUCUCGCAACUAAGCAGCGGCGCUGACGGUGACGGCGAAGUGGACGAUGACAGCAGCAGCGAUGCGCCGGCCGUUGAGGUUGGUGUGCAACGCGCUGUGUCAACGCCGUUGCAAUCGGCCGCUGGUAGUCGAUGGGACGCGUCUGCCGGCGAAAGCAUAAAUAUUGUUGAGACGAAAGCGCUUUGCGUUGACGCUGCGGCGUCUCAAGUAUUGGCGGAGAAACAAGUAGUCGGCGAUGAUGUUGACGUUGAUGAGGCGCACAAUUUCGCCGUGACUGUGGACGAUUUGGAUGCUUCGUUUGCCGAGGAGUCGCUCUAUACGAUCGGCAAUAUAACGCUCGUCGAUGACACAUACUCAAAUUAUGAUCCGAAGAAUGACGCGGAGCGUAUGUUCCUGCAGGUGGUUGGCAUAUUGCGCGAUGAGAACGAGAAAAUGCGUCAAUUCCAAAAGACGCUCGAGGAUUUGAGUUCGCGCGUCGCCUCGGCCGAAGCCACGAAAGCAUCAUGGUUGCCACCCGUCUCCGCACAGGAGGCUACCGAGCAAAUGCAACAUUUGCAACGUUUGCGCGACAAAAUGACCACCGCCGGUGCGCUGUUGGACGAUUGCAAUGAGCAGCAGGCAUUCUUCACCGCCAAUCAGGUGUUGGUGCCCGCCAUGUGCCUAUCACGGCUGGAAGAUUUGAACACAAGAAUGAAACUUCUACAAAUUGCAAUGGAUGAACGGCAAAAGAUACUUUGCAAUGCUGGUGCUAAUCAAGCUUUGGAGAAUGGCGAAGAUGGACGUACAACAUCGAAUAGUGGCACAAUCGGGCCAUUACCUAACCUGGGUCAAAGCGUAAAACCACCCUGGGAACGAGCAACGACAGCAGCCAAUGUGCCUUACUACAUUGAUCACGAGCGCGAAACCACUCACUGGGAUCAUCCAGAAAUGAUUGAAUUGAUGAAAAGUUUGGCUGAUCUUAAUGAAAUCCGUUUCUCCGCCUAUCGCACAGCAAUGAAGUUACGUGCCGUGCAAAAGCGUUUGGCGCUGGAUCGCAUACCCAUGUCCACUGCCAUCGAAUCGUUCGAUCGUCAUGCGUUGCGCGCACAAAACGACAAACUCAUCGAUAUACCCGACAUGACGACCGUCUUGCAUUCGCUCUAUGUGACAAUCGAUAAAAUUGACUUGACUUUAAUGUUGGAUUUGGCCAUAAACUGGAUACUAAAUGUUUACGACUCGCAGCGCACCGGACAGAUACGUGUGCUAAGCUUUAAGGUUGGCUUGAUUUUGCUCUGCAAGGGUCAUCUCGAGGAGAAAUAUCGCUACUUAUUCCGUUUGAUUGCCGACCCAGAGCGCAAAGUCGACCAAAGAAAAUUGGGCUUGCUGCUGCACGACUGCAUACAGGUUCCACGCCAGCUGGGCGAAGUUGCCGCUUUCGGCGGCUCCAAUAUCGAGCCUUCGGUGCGCUCAUGCCUCGAACGCGCUGGCAUCUCGCAGGAAGCCAUUGACGCCAAUCAGGAAAUUGCCAUUGAACAAUCACACUUCCUCGGCUGGUUGCAACACGAGCCGCAGAGUUUAGUAUGGAUGCCGGUGCUACAUCGUCUAGCGGCUGCCGAAACGGCCAAACAUCAGGCAAAAUGUAACAUUUGUAAGGAGUAUCCGAUAAUUGGAUUCCGUUAUCGCUGCCUCAAGUGCUUCAAUUUCGAUAUGUGCCAAAAGUGUUUCUUCUUCGGACGCAACGCCAAAAAUCACAAAUUGAGUCAUCCAAUGCACGAGUAUUGCACAACGACAACCUCAACAGAAGACGUUCGCGAUUUCACACGCGCUUUGAAGAACAAAUUCAAGAGUCGCAAAUACUUCAAAAAGCACCCACGUGUCGGUUAUUUGCCGGUACAAAGCGUGCUCGAGGGUGAUGCAUUAGAGAGUCCCGCACCGAGCCCACAACACACCACACACACGCUGCAAAACGAUAUGCAUUCACGACUCGAAAUGUACGCUUCCCGUUUGGCGCAAGUUGAAUAUUGUACCGGUUCAAAUUCAACGCCCGACAGCGAUGACGAACAUCAACUGAUCGCACAAUACUGUCAGGCAUUACCGACAAAUAACGGUAGCGGCCCCAAAUCGCCAGUUCAAGUAAUGGCAGCCAUGGAUGCAGAGCAACGUGAAGAGCUGGAAGCGAUUAUACGCGACCUGGAAGAGGAAAAUGCCAAUUUACAAGCAGAAUAUCAGCAGUUGUGCAGCAAACAGAACAGCACCACACCCGACGCGGAUGGUGGCAUGCAGCACUCAACGUCCGCCAUGGGUGGGCUAGCUGCUGGAGCUAAUGCUGGAGGUCAAGGUGAACAUGGACAGGAUAUGAUUGCCGAGGCGAAGCUGCUACGCCAACACAAGGGUCGCCUUGAGGCGCGCAUGCAAAUACUGGAAGAUCACAAUCGCCAACUGGAAGCACAAUUGCAACGACUGCGCCAAUUGUUAGACGAGCCGAAUAGUGGCGCGGUGAGUGCCGCCGGCUCUGCGUUGAAUUCCAAGCCGAACACGUUGCAAACACGCUCCGUGACCGCAUCUCAGCUGAAUACCGACUCGCCGGCGAAAAUGAAUCAACAGAAUGGCCAUUAUGAGCAAAACACAAAGGGUAUGAUGCUACCCGGCAUGGGCAUGGUCAAUGUGGGCAACGCCACUACGGCUGGUGCUGGUGGCGCUGGUGAGCAUAUGGGCGUUGGCAAGCAUCCGCUCGGCCCUGGGCUUGUGGCGCUGCAGCAACGCGCUGCUAUGAAUGCUGCUGCCGGCGGUGGCGGUGGCAUGGGCAUGGUUGGCGGUAUGGGUCACCUGGGUGGCAUUGCUGGCGCAACAGGCAACGGAGGCAUCGAUAUGGCUGGCGUUUGUCAUGCGCCCGGUCAAGGCUACAUGCUGGACGACGGACGCCCACCGCCGCCACCGCACUCGAGUCUACUACACACUAUGCCUGCCGCUGAAAUAGGACGCGCCGUAGAAGAGCUGGUUACAGUCAUAACCGAGGAGAUGAUCGAACAAACGCAGAGUCAAGAUAACGAUCGUGACACCUUGGACGAUGAGGAUGAGGACAGUGAAAGUGUGGCCACAGCGAUAACUGCUAAAACAAUCAUAAAACCAUUAACGGCAACAACGAAAACCAAAACCAACGUAACAACCACCAAUAGCACAACUGCAACGAUACUAAACUAGAGCUAGAGCUAACGGAAAACUAAAAUGUAAAGCGAUAAAAAGAGGAACUCUAAAUGAUGUAUGUUUAACCGUUAACGUGAAAAUAAAUUAGAUAAAAGUGAAUGAAGAAAUUCUAUGAAGCGUGAAGGAGAGAAUGGCAGCCGUAAAAACUGAAGCAGCAUAAAGGGGAAGAGUCAGUCAAAAAAUGCUGGAUGGCACUCACAGUAGUUGGGAGAAACGGAGACCCCGCUCUGUUCAUAUCUAAAUAUACAUCUGCGUAAUAUUUAUAUAUCAUUGCAAUGAAGCUAACUUCUUGCUUAGUGUAAACAAAAAAAAUGAGAAAAACGCAAUUGUUUAAAUAAAUAUAAUUAAAUUUCGAUACAAAUACAUACAUAUAUAUACUUAAUAUGAUAUACAUACAUCUAAAUAUAGCGAAAAAAUGGAGAAUCAGUUAUCUAAUACAUACAUACAUACAAAUUAAAAGCUAUGAAUUCGAAGAAAUGCCCGAAAAAAAGCAAAUUUGCGACAAAUUUUAAUUGCGUUUAAGUUAGCUCGUUAAUUAACCCAAUCGAAUUGCGCUGCUGAUUAAUUAAUAACAAUGAUUGGUUGAUUAAUUUGCAAUAGAAGCUAACAAAAAGCUCAACACAAAAAGGCGAUUGUUCGCUAUAGAACUUGUUGCAGCGAAAAAGCGUUGAAGCAGAGCAUAAAGCGAAGCAUGUAAAAGAAAAUUAAAGGAAAAUGAAACAAAUUUAACGGAAAGUUAAGCAAGUUGAAAGAAAAAAUAUGCAAAUUUUCCAAAAAAGCUUUCACAAAUAUUGUAGUUUCCAUGAAAUAGAAAUUAUGUAUAUUUUAAUGUUAGUUUUUUUAAUUUAAAACGAAAUGUUGUAAAUGUAAAAUAAUUUCUGCCAAUAAACAAAUAAAAGUUUACUGCAAUAGUUGGUAGCUUGUAAAACAUAUCACGAUACAAACGAACUUAACUCUACUCAAAUAGUUUCAG